CGGCAUGGUAGAUGACAGCAUCUCAGGUUGGGUUAGAGAGAUAUCAAAUACCGACAGUGCGGUUUCAAUAACUAUGAGAUACUAUUACUGAAGAUAUGUAGAUAAUAUAUUCGUUUUAUAGGCCGUACUAGUGUUAAAUAGGUCAACUCUCAAUGCCAUGAUUAUAGCUUGAAUGUCACCAUAAGCCCGCCCAUGCUUUAUAAUUAGCAUAUUGCCGAUACUGUACCUAGACAUGUCUUAAGACUUGGUCCUCUUGAGAGUAUUAAUGUCCCUCGAUAACGACUGACUGAUAGUUUUUUUUCCCUCUUUCAUCCAAUUCCAACACCCUCGGAUGACUGCAGUCAUGACAUUAACCCCGCCAAGUGAAUACACGGGCAAACCAAGUCCUCGCAGUCAGGCCGAUGUGUUACAUACUGCAUCGCCAGCAUGGCUCGGAAAGAUACACCCAUAUUUCAAGAACCCAGAGCAUGUCGUAGUUUUCAAACUUGACGUCCUCCUUUUGACUUGGGCCUUCGUCGCUGGUUUAAUGAAAGAUAUGGACCAGUCAGCAACAACGCAAGCUUAUGUUUCAGGCAUGAAAGAAUCGCUUUCGCUCUACGGAAACGAGUUGGUCGAGUUCGCCACUUAUUUCUCUAUCGGCUACGCGCUCUUUAUCGUUCCAGCUCAAAUGAUACAGACCCGAGUUCGCCCCUCAAUAUUUCUGCCAAUCUGCGAAAUUAUUUGGGGUGCACUUACUUUGGCAACAUACAAGGCGCCCAAUGCGAAAACUGUUUUUGUGCUGAGGUUCUUCCUUGGUGUUUUUGAGUCGACGUCUUGGCCCGGCCUCGUCAGUCUAAUCUUCAACUGGUAUACACCAAAAGAGCUUGGCAAGCGACUGGCCAUAUUUGGUGUCAGCGGUGUGGCUGGUAAUAUGUUUCUGGGAAUUCUACAGGCCGCGCUCUAUAAAAAUCUUAACGGGGUGAAUGGUCUCGAGGGCUGGCAAUGGCUGUUUAUCGUCUCCGGCGUUAUGACGAUGGUAUGGGGAGCCAUAGGAUUUCUAGUUAUCCCCGACUCUCCUAAGAUCACUCGAGCUCUCUACUUGAACUCUUCCGAGCGGGAUUUGGCCCGUAUAAGACUCUCUAAACACGGAAUGACGACUUCGGAGCUAAUCCCAUUCGAUCUUCUCGUUCGAAAGCUCCGCUCAUUACUGAAGAGCCCCCUUACGUAUCUGUUCGUCGCAGCCUACCUUCAAUUCGCCUGGUCGCAACGCGCCAACUCGUACUUCCUACUAUAUCUCAAAGGCGUCACAGACGCGACUGGGAAACCAUUAUAUUCGACCUAUACGGUGAACCUCAUUCCCCUCGGUGGCUAUGCUAUCUCAAUCGUCUGCAACAUCGCACUAAACGCACUAAGUGAUUGGAAAGGCUGGCGGUGGCAAGUCUCAUGCGGUGCUGCUGCUUUACAGCUAGUAGCAACCUCUGUUCUAGCCGGAUGGCCCAACUCGCAUGCUACAAUCAUGACCUUCUACUUCCUCACUUUUGCUACGGCUGCUUGGGGUUACGCACUCAUCGCAUGGCUUGCGGAGAUACUGCGGAAAGAACCUGAGGCGCGAUCGAUCAUCGUGGCCAUCGCCAUUACGCUGGUCUAUAUUGGGCACGCCACGAUCCCGCUACGCGCGUGGCGAGUGUCUGACUCCCCUACAUAUCCAAUUGGGUUUCCAUUGGCUGCGGCGUUUUGCGUAGGGAGUAUAGUAUCUAUGCUAGGAAUGCGAUGUUAUGUUCACAAGUAUCCAAACCUAUUAGAAUGGGGGCUGGACUGGAGAGAAAGGCAAGAUGGCGCUAUCGAGGAGGCAUCUGAUUCCGACCACGCGAAUGGGAAACAAAUUACGAGGCAAACAGCACGGGAGAUUUAAACAUCAAUGGCUUCGCUAACCUAGGAAGAAGAUAUUACUAUUAAUAAUAAAAGCUCAUCUAUAUUCACUAGGAAUAGCCAUUACAGUCUAGCAGUACCUCGUCACUACUGCUCA